AACUUUGAGAUUAGCAGUGGGGAUUACCUGUGAUUUUGUUUUUAAAGUAUCAGCGAAACCAGAGAAAACCUGACAAAAAUCAUAGUGAAAUAGCAGAAAUCAAAAAGGAAAAUUCGAUUUCUAUUAUCACGAUAUGUGGGUCUGUUACAAAAUUUGUAUUUGUAUUAGUGAUGAGUAGAUAAUAACUACAAGACUUCCCCUCAACGGUGAUUCCGAUCCCAGACACCUUGCCCUGACCUCAUGGUGAUUGCACUAGACCAUAGAUACAAAUCCAGACAUCCAGAGAAAUAUACUAUACUUUCAAGAGUGUUUUAUUAAGACUAAACAUCUCUAUUGGACUCCCCAUAGGCAUCUAUAUUUCAGUGAUUGCCAGGUGGGUAGGUGUGAGAGGGACUACCCACGAUUCAACUUCUAUAAAAAGAUAUCUGAGAGGGUAUAUCUGAUUAUAAUUUCAAAAAUUGUGUGUUCCCAGUCAUGAUGGUAUUUGAAAAUGAAAAAUUAGUCAUAUUGUAUGGUUCACAAACUGGUAAUGCUCAAGAUUUAGCUGAACGGAUCUGGAGAGAAUCAAAACGUUUUUAUUUUAGAACAACUGUUAAAGCAUUAGAUGACUAUGAUAUUUCAGAAUUGCAGAAUGAAAAAUGCAUAAUAUUUGUCUGCUCAACUACUGGACAAGGUGAAGAACCUGAUAAUAUGAAGAUAUUCUGGAAGUUUCUGCUGAGAAAAAGUCUACCAACAACAAUUUUGACUAACUUGAAAUAUGCUGUACUGGGUCUUGGUGACUCUAGCUACACCAAAUUCAACUUCGUAGCGAAGCGGCUCCAUAAAAGGUUGCUACAAUUAGGUGCAAACACAAUUCUUCCUCUUGGCCUAGGUGAUGAUCAACAUGACCUAGGAUAUGAUGCUGCAGCAGAUCCUUGGAUUGAAGAUCUUUGGAAUAACUUGUUGAUAUUGUACCCCCUUCCAAAUCAUGUACAGCCACUCUCAAAGGAUUUCACAAUAAUACCAAGGUGGUCUGCGUCCACAUCCGAGAUUCACAAGGCAAUCAGUAACCAGCAACCACUUCAUCUUUAUUCAAAAAAGGCUACAGAUUUCACAGCGGUAGUUAUUGAAAAUAGAAGACUAACAUCUCCUGACCAUUUUCAAGAUAUAAGGUUGAUUAGGUAUAGUUGCAAAGGCCAGAAUUAUUCUCCUGGAGAUGUUUUUGUAGUUCGACCUAGAAACUUACCUAGUCAGAUAGAAGAAUUUAUGAAAGUACUCUUCUCAAAUGGUGUCAACUGUCCACUAGAUUCCGUAUUUAUCAUUGGACAAAAUGAUGAUAUUCCAGUUCCAGAUGCCUUAAAAUACGAAGUUACUUUCCGGCAAUUGUGUUCAGAGUAUUUCGAUUUGAUGUCUAUACCAAGAAGGCAUGUUUUCAAUAUAUUAUCACAAUUAACAGAUAGUGAAUUAGAAAAAGAAAAAUGUCUGGAGUUCACAACAGCAGAAGGACAACAAGAUCUGUAUUCCUAUACGAAUAGACCCAGGAGGAAUAUUGUUGAAGUUUUAGCAGACUUUCCUCAUGCCACAAAGAAUUUGACGUUGGAAACAUUGUUGGAGAUAAUGCCACCCAUAAAACCUAGAGAAUUUUCGAUAGCUAGCAGCAAAAAGUAUCAUCAAGAUGAAGUACAUAUACUUCUUGCAGUAGUGAAAUACAGAACAAAAUUAGUGAAAGAACGGUUAGGGCUAGGUUCCAAUUAUUUAGCUGGGCUACAAAAAGGAGAUGAAGUAACAGCAGUAAUAAGAAAAGGAUCUUUCAGAUUCCUAAAUGAUCCGGAGAUUCCAGUUAUAAUGGUCGGACCAGGCACUGGUGUAGCUCCUUUCAGAAGUUACAUACAUCAAAGACUGGCCGAACGAAAUUGUAAUCAAGACAACUUGAUCCUUUUUUUUGGCUGUAGAUACCAGAACAAAGACUUUGUUUGCAAGGAGGAAUUCGUUGAGUUAGCUGUAGAAAAGAAACUGACAUUAAUAACUGCCUAUUCUAGGGAAGGAAAUACAAAAGUGUACGUCCAAGAUCAAAUAGUGAAAAAUGGGUCGUUGGUGUGGACAGCUCUACAAAGAAAAGCAUUCAUUUAUAUUGCUGGAAACUCCAAGAAUAUGCCACGGGGUGUGAGAGAAGCUUUCAUCGAGGUUUGCAAAGAAUAUGGUUGUAUGUCUGAAGAAGUUGCAGCAUGUUUCAUCAAUGAUUUAGAGAAAACUGGCCGAUACCAAACUGAAUGCUGGAGUUGACAUGGGAUAAGCAUGUUUAUGUAGUAAAUUAUACAUUCAGGGUAUUC